UAGGCUGACGCCUGACGGCCGACUAUGUACAACCAAAGAGUUAUAUUAUACUCAGUCUUUGGCGGAACACACAGAAAUGCAGAUUGAAACAGAAAAACAAUGUGAACUGAGGUCUUUUUGUUCAGAACUGAGUGGUUUAACGCGACCAGAUGGCUCAGCAACUUUUAAUCAAGGAGAUACAACUGUCCUGGCCGCUGUAUAUGGACCAGGUGAUGUCAAACAAAGUAAAGAGAUAAUUGAUAAAGCAACGGUGGAGGUUGUCUUCAAACCUAAAGUUGGUUUACCAGGUGUUUAUGAGAAAUCGCAAGAACAACUGAUACAAAACUCCUGUGCUUCAGCUAUUUUAGCUACUCUUCAUCCACGAACUUCAAUUCUCAUAAUCGUUCAAGUUGUACAAGACUCUGGAUCUCUUUUGUCCUGUAGUAUAAAUGCUUCAUGCUUGGCUCUAAUGGAUGCUGGCAUCCCAAUGAAAUAUCUUGUCUGCUCAAUCACAUCAGCUCUUGAUAAGGAAGGAAAAAUAAUUCUUGAUCCAACAGAUAAACAGUGCAAGGAUGCAUUGUCUGUCAUCACCUGUGCCUUCGAUAGUCACAAACAAAACAUUGUCACAGUGUCACUGUCGGGAUCAUGCUCAAUUGAACAGAUCGUCAGUGGAAAGGAAGUUAUCAAAAUCCUAAGAUGGAAUGGGUGAGAUAAAUAUGAUGUGGAAGAAAGCUAAUAGAAGACAGUGUAUACAAAGGAAGAUAGUGACAGAGAACAUUAAGGUUAUGGAUUUCAAACAAGACAUAUCGGGGGCAGAUACAUGAGGUGGUAAAAGGAGCAGUUGUUCCCCGCCCCCCCCCCUCCUUUCCACUUUACCUUAUUUAGAUAAGAGAUUAAAACUUCCAUGGGCCGUCCAUAAGCAGCAAUAUCACACUGCUCUGAAAAACAGAUUUUACCUAAAUUGUUAGUAAAACUCUAAUGUGUAAUUCUUACCGCUGUCUGCACUUGGAUUUUUUGAGUGGUUAGUUCUACUGCAAGAAAUGGUAAAACUAACCGAGCCAUGAAAAUCAACUAUUGAGCACACUAAUCCCUGACAUCUCCAAUAAGUAGCGCUCAAAAGACUGGGUAAGUGUAACCGAGAUUCGUGUUCGCAUUGGACUUUUUGGCUUAGUAAAAUUAACCUGGUCAGUUUUACUGGGCACAAUCCACUUGGUUAAACUAACCGCUUGUCUCAGUAAGUUUUCCUGUGAAGUAAAUUUUCUGGGCUGUUCGCUCUGGACUAAGUAUGGUAACUAACCAGUGCCUAGGUUAGAUUUACAAGAAAAACUCUAGUGCGAUUGUGACUACAGCCGAACCCACAAUACAAUUGACAUUAAACACACUAAUGUAAAACCUUCCUUUCUCAAUCAUAGGUGUUGCCCCUUCAGACUUCAGGUGCUUAAUUGCCACUCACACCUCCCCAGCCAAACGACUUCUGGAUUCGUAGAAUGGGUAUUAAUACAAAGUGUCAUUUCAUUGUUUGUAAUAUUUAUUGCUAUACCAUAACAAAAUUUACAGUAUACAUUCACAAGAAUAAAAAUCAUUUGAUGGUGCUAGAAUUUUAAGAUGAGAUUUAUUCAGAUAAAUUGUUUAUUUGGUUCCUCAUUAAUAGUUCUAAAUCCAGAAUGGUAUAGGAAAAUGUAAUGGUACCAAGUAAUAUUAAGUAUGUUAAUAAUAAAAUUAAUUGUAUAUUAACAUAUUACGCAAACGUUUCAGAGUGUUAUACACACGAAAUAUGAUUAAAAGGUAUGUUCUUUAUACUAAAACUGAACACAAGUCCUUUUUCAUACAUACUUUUUCAUUAUAAAUAUAUUUGCGUUUUUUUUACUGCAUUAAACUGAAAAAUUGUAGGUUUUAUUAAAUAGAAAAAUUAAACUCUUGGAAUAUAUUUAUAUUCAACAACAAA